AUGUCUGUUACAUCUCCAUCUGCGAAGCGAACGAAGACGGCCAAGGAUGUCUCCUACAGCCUCGUCUACUGGCCUGGCGUUCCCGGGCGGGGAGAGCAUGUUCGCCUCGUCCUUGAAGAAGCCGGAGCCUCAUACACAGACACAGCAGCAGCUGAGAAUGGAGUCGACGAGGUGUUGAAGCAUACCGCCGACACCAACACAGGGGACGCCUCGAAUCCUCCUCCUUUCGCACCGCCAAUCCUGAUACACGGCGACCUUCUCAUCGCACAGGUGCCCAACAUUCUCCAGUAUCUCGGAGUCCGUCACGGCCUAGCCCCCAAGCCCGGAGAUGAGAAUGACGGAGUUUAUCACGUCAACCAGCUGGCUCUUACAGCUCUAGAUGGCCUGAGCAACGAGGUCCACGACACACAUCACCCCAUCGCUAUGGGCCUCACUUAUGAGGACCAGAAGGAGGAAUCGAAGAAAAGGGCAAAGGAUUACGUUGAAAUCAGACUUCCUAAAUUCCUUGGCUACUUUGAGCGCGUGCUCAAGGGUGAGGCCAGUGGAGAGGGACCGUGGCUAUAUGGCGGAUCGCUCACGUACGCUGAUCUGGUCUUAUUCCAAUGCAUUGACGGCGUCAAAUUCGCCUUCCCCAAGGCAUUGACCAAACUGCAGGACAGUAACAAAUACAAUGGAGUUUUUAAGCUCUACGAUGCUGUCAAGGAACGCCCCAACAUCAAGGAAUACCUUAAAAGUGAGAGAAGGCAGAAGUACGCAGACGGCAUCUACAGGCACUACCCAGAGCUCGACUCAGAGUAG